AUGGCAGGCUCAAAAUGGAAGGCCACAGCUUUGCUGACUUGGCUUCUAGCUGCAGAAUCUGCCCACUGUCUGCCGCAGGUGGGAACUGCAGUGGAAAGCAUACUGCACAAGACCACCACUGAGGAGACGGGUGCGUUUGUCACUCAAUAUCCACCGUCGAACAAGGAAGACAGAGUCUUGAUUCCAGAGUCUCAUCCGGUAUAUCGAUUUGAACUGCAAAGGGAAGGCCGGUCAUCUCAGCUUCCUUUCCCAGAGCUAGACGUGGGCAACUUUGUCCAUGGUCUAGAAGGGUUGAUAGCGCCAGAUCCGCAAACAAAACCCUCGCCGGCACCUACUGCCGCAGGUAAGCCAACUUCAGGCAAACAGCCUGACCCGGCUCCAGUUCAUACCACUGUGACUAUCAAAAACUCCCCGGAAGGCGGUCCUGAGCCCGAAGCUACUUCCGCGACAGACCCACAUCCUAUCGACCCUCCACCUCCAAUCAAGCCAGGUACUCCCAAGAAUAUGAACGGCCAAGAUGCAUUUCAGCCAGUUGCAACUGGGCCUGUUCCGGCAAGCAUUCAGUCUCGGGGUGAUCACCCCGUCCAGAAUGAGCAUGCCGACUCGAAAGAUCCAAUUGAGACUAACAAGUUCUACGCUGGAUUCUUCUUGGGAACUCAAACUAAUGCCAGUUUUACACAGCCUUACUCUCUCGCAUGGUCCAAGGGCGCUGGCUCCCUGAAGAGCUGGGGUAUGGGCAUUACUCACAUCCCUUCUGACAUGCUUGCAUGGGGUCCUAAGAACGAUAAGAUCCCUGGACAUCCCGUCCAGUACUACAUCAACCCCGUGGGCCUUCAACAGAUCAUCUUCUCUGCUAGUGAAUUGGGCAAGUCCAGUGUGCUGAAGACGGAACAACCCAAGGCUUUCUCGGCCCACGCGGUUAUCAAGAAAUCUGCUGGUUCCGCACAGCAGAUCUCUUUCCCUGUUGUGCAAGGUAUGGGCUUCACUACUGCUAUUUACAAGGACUUGCAGCCUACAAUCGAGAGUGGCGUGUUCUUCCGCAAGGUCGUGAAUGCCGGCUCCCCUCGACCGGGAAUUUUCAAGUACAAGGUUGAGCUCGAGGACGAUACCACCUGGCUCAUGUAUGCCGCUCCGGCUGAUGGCAAGGACCCAAAAUUCAAGCUUGUGUCGAAAAUCAAUCUUCGCGGUCCUCACGGCUACUCUGGAACUAUCCAGGUUGCGAAGAACCCCGCUGGUAUUUCUGGCGAAAAGUUCUACGACAACUCGUGUGGUGUUUACCCCGUGGCUGGCCACAUCUCUGGCUCUGUCACCAAUAAUGUUGGCAGCUAUAGCCUUUCAUGGACCAAGGCUGGAAAGGAUGUCAAGAACACUCCUCUGUUGAUGUUUGCAUUGCCUCAUCACGUUCAGUCCUUUGACAAAGCCACUCAAGGUCGCGUCACCGAUAUUCACCUCCGUACCACCACGAAAGGUAACUCAACUGCUGUCAUUGGAGAGAGCUGGACUUUGGUUGAGCCUAAGCUCCCUGUUGAUAUUGGAUUCGCCCCUUGGUCACCCACUCACGGCAGCGGUCAUGGACUAUCUCCCGCUGCCCAGCAUGCAAUCCUUCAGUAUGCUCCACAUGAGUUGAAGCAAAACAUCUCCGAACAGACAGAUCUGAACAGCAUGUACUACAGCGGCAAGGCCCUGAGCAAGUUCGCCACCUUGGUGUACACCGUGAACCAGCUCGGUAACAAUGUCGACCUAGCCACCCAUGCCUUCCAAGAGCUGAAGAAAGCAUUCGCUCACUUUGUAGAUAACAAGCAGCAGUACCCUCUUGCAUACGAUACCGUUUGGAAGGGAGUUGUUUCCACCGCGGGCUACAAUGGUGACUUAAACCAAGACUUUGGAAACACCGCAUACAACGACCACCACUUCCAUUACGGCUACUUCAUUCAAGCCGCUGCCAUCAUUGGUGCUCUUGACCAAUCAUGGUUGUCUGCCAAUAAGGAAUGGGUCAAUGUGCUUGUCCGCGAUGCCAGCAACUCUAUUGAGAACGAUGCCUUUUUCCCCUUCUCCCGUGGCUUUGAUUGGUACAACGGCCACUCCUGGGCCAAGGGUCUAUUUGAGUCCUUUGAUGGAAAGGACCAAGAGUCCUCAUCGGAAGACACCAUGUUUGCGUACGCGAUCAAGAUGUGGGGUCAAACAUCUGGUGAUGCCAGUAUGGAAGCUCGCGGCAACCUGAUGCUUGGUAUCCUGGGACGGUCGCUGAAGAACUACUUCCUCCUGGAAGACGACAACAUCAACCAUCCCCCCAACUUCAUCGCUAACCGGGUCACCGGCAUUCUCUUCGAGAAUAAAGUCGACCACACCACCUACUUCGGCGCCAACCUGGAAUUCGUUCAAGGUAUCCACAUGCUCCCUCUAAUGCCCCACACUCCUUACGCGCGCGGAAAGGAGUUUGUCCGUCAGGAGUGGGAGGCCAUGUUCGCCGAAAAUGCCUCCACGCCUGCGUCCAAGGUCGAGGGUGGAUGGAGAGGCGUCCUCUAUGCCAAUCUUGCCUUGAUCGAUCCCAAGGCCUCCUGGGAAUUCUUUACCCAGCCAGACUUUGAUUACAGUUGGAUUGAUGGUGGCGCGACACGUACCUGGUACCUCGCUUUUGCCGCCGGUCUUGGAGGUGCUCCCUGA